CUCUCACGAAAAAGAGGCGGACCUUACGAGUGAAGUACACCUUCCGAUGAAGUAAAGAUAUCAAUCUCGCCGAUUGGGUAAUAGCUGCUUUGCAACACGGACUCGGGAGGUACGGCUGAACUCGUCGGCUUGCAGAAGGGGCAGGUGGUAGUCAUCACCGACCCACCUCCACUUGGCAGUGAGAGCGCACCUCGUUAGAAAUCUAUUUCGUUACAUAUCUAAAAAAUAUACUGUAGGCGCGUUUUAUUUAAAUUAAUACAUGUAUUUCAAGUCAUUGCUGUAGACAGUGCUCUAAGAUGGAAAACGCCCACACUAAAACAGCAUCUGAAGUUUUAGAAAACUUCGGUGUGAACGAAAACACUGGACUGACCUUCGAACAAGUGAAAAUAAAUUUGGAGAAAUAUGGACCAAACGAGCUGCCAGCCGAAGAAGGCAAGUCCUUAUGGGACCUGGUGUGUGAGCAGUUUGAGGACCUCCUGGUGAGGAUCCUCUUGCUUGCGGCCUGCGUGUCCUUCGUGCUGGCCCUUUUCGAGGAGGGAGAUGAGACCACCACUGCAUUCGUGGAGCCUAUCGUCAUUUUGAUGAUCCUGGUGGCCAAUGCGGUCAUUGGCGUGUGGCAGGAGAGGAAUGCGGAGAACGCCAUUGAAGCUCUGAAGGAAUACGAGCCGGAGAUGGGCAAAGUGUUCCGCAUGAACAAGAAGGCCGUCCAGAACAUCAAGGCCCGCGACAUCGUCCCCGGGGACGUGGUGGAGGUGGCAGUUGGUGACAAGGUGCCAGCAGACAUCAGGAUCACCUCCAUCAAGUCCACCACGCUGAGAGUGGACCAAUCCAUCCUUACAGGGGAGUCUGUGUCUGUGAUCAAACACACUGACCCUGUGCCCGACCCCAGAGCUGUCAAUCAAGACAAGAAGAACAUGCUGUUUUCUGGGACCAACAUUGCGUCGGGUCGCGCCAUCGGAGUGGUUGUCUCCACCGGCGUCGCCACGGAGAUAGGCAAGAUCCGCAACCAGAUGGCGUCCACUGAGCAGGAGAAGACGCCACUGCAGCAGAAGCUGGACGAGUUCGGCCAGCAGCUCUCCAAGGUCAUCUCGCUCAUCUGUGUGGCCGUGUGGGUCAUCAACAUCGGUCACUUCGCCGACCCGGUCCACGGCGGCUCCUGGGUGCGCGGCGCCAUCUACUACUUCAAGAUAGCCGUGGCGCUGGCCGUGGCCGCCAUCCCCGAGGGCCUGCCGGCCGUCAUCACCACGUGCCUGGCGCUGGGCACGCGCCGCAUGGCCAAGAAGAACGCCAUCGUGCGCUCGCUGCCCUCCGUGGAGACGCUGGGCUGCACCUCCGUCAUCUGCUCCGACAAGACGGGCACCCUCACCACCAACCAGAUGUCCGUCUGCAGGAUGUUUGUUGUGGAACAGGCCGAGGGUUCCAGCUGUUCCCUCCACGACUUCUCCAUCACUGGUUCCACUUACGCUCCCGAAGGACAAGUGCUCAAAGGGAAUAAGGCAGUGCAGUGUGGGGACUAUGAUGGGCUGCUGGAGCUGGCUACAAUCUGCUCCAUGUGCAACGACUCUUCCCUGGACUACAACGAGGCCAAGGGUGUGUACGAGAAGGUCGGCGAGGCCACGGAGACGGCGCUGACCACCUUGGUGGAGAAGAUGAACGUGUUCAAAACCGACGUGUCCGGCCUCAGCAAGGUGGAGAGAGCGGGAGCGUGCAACUCGGUGAUCAGGCAGCUGAUGAAGAAGGAGUUCACUCUGGAGUUCUCCCGCGACCGCAAGUCCAUGUCCGUGUACUGCAACCCCACUAAAGCUGGUUCUCAGAGCAAGAUGUUUGUGAAGGGUGCUCCAGAGGGAGUCGUUGAGAGGUGCCAGUAUGUGCGUGUUGGCACGGCGAAGGUGCCUCUGACCCUGCCCCUGAAGGAGAAGCUGAUGGAGACCAUCCGUGAAAUGGGCACGGGCCGGGACACCCUGCGCUGCCUGGCGCUGGCCACCCGCGACUCGCCACCUCGCAAGGAGGACAUGGACCUGGAGACCGCCACCAAGUUCUCCCAGUAUGAGUCGGAGCUGACGUUCGUGGGCUGCGUUGGAAUGCUGGACCCUCCCAGGAAGGAAGUGAUCGGCUCAAUUAAGCUGUGCGCCGAGGCAGGCAUCCGCGUCAUCAUGAUCACCGGCGACAACAAGGGCACGGCGGUGGCAAUCUGCCGACGCAUCGGCAUCUUCGGCGAGGAUGAGGAUGUGAGUAGCAAGGCCUACACGGGCCGCGAGUUCGACGACCUGCCGCCCGAGGCCCAGAGGGAUGCGGUAAAGCGUGCCCGAUGCUUCGCCCGCGUUGAGCCGGCGCACAAGUCCAAGAUCGUCGGCUAUCUGCAGUCUUUCGACGAGAUCACUGCCAUGACUGGUGAUGGUGUGAACGACGCCCCAGCUUUGAAGAAGGCCGAGAUCGGCAUCGCCAUGGGCUCUGGCACGGCCGUGGCCAAGUCGGCCUCCGAGAUGGUGCUGUCGGACGACAACUUCUCCACCAUCGUGGCCGCCGUGGAGGAGGGCAGGGCCAUCUACAACAACAUGAAGCAGUUCAUCCGCUACCUCAUCUCCUCCAACGUGGGAGAGGUCGUCUGCAUCUUCUUGACUGCCAUCCUGGGUCUGCCUGAGGCCCUGAUCCCAGUGCAGUUGCUGUGGGUGAACCUGGUGACGGACGGCCUCCCUGCCACCGCCCUGGGCUUCAACCCCCCCGACCUGGACAUCAUGGACAAACCUCCCCGCAACCCCAAAGAGCCCCUCAUCUCUGGCUGGCUCUUCUUCAGAUACCUGGCCAUCGGUGGUUACGUUGGACUGGGGACGGUGGGAGCGGCCACAUGGUGGUACCUGUUUGAUGUGGAGGGCCCACAGGUGUCCUUCUACCAGCUGAGACACUUCAUGCAGUGCACAGAGGACAACCCCAUGUUCCAGGGCAUUGACUGCGAUGUGUUUGAGUCCCGCUACCCCACCACCAUGGCGCUCUCCGUGCUGGUUACCAUAGAGAUGCUCAACGCGCUCAACAGCCUGUCUGAGAACCAGUCCCUGAUCCGGAUGCCUCCGUGGGUCAACUUCUGGCUGCUGGGUGCCAUCGUCCUCUCCCUCUCCCUCCAUUUCCUGAUCCUCUACAUCGAGCCCCUGCCACUCAUUUUCCAGGUGACCCCUCUGAACUCAUCCCAGUGGGCAGUGGUGCUGAAGAUCUCCAUUCCUGUCAUCCUGCUGGAUGAGGCCCUUAAGUACCUCUCCCGUCACCAUUUAGAGGCCUAAAUCACUCUUCUUGACCUGUUUAAAAGGUAACGAGGGGGAUAGGUACUUGAGUCGGCAGCUGAAAUUCUGAGUCAAUCAUUCCCUCUCUCCCUUUCUCCUCUCACGCCCUCUCCCCCAACACAUCCCCCUAUUACUGCAUGUCCAACCACCACUAGAGAUGAGCAGGGCUGUGUGUGUGUGUGUGUGUGUGUGUGUGUGCAAGCAGGCGCAUGGCCACUUGCCUAUAAUUGGUCACAAAAAGUGUGAUAAACAUGGUAAUUAGGAUUUCUUUGAGGCUUUUGUUUGUUUGUUUGUUUGUUUGUUUGUUUUUGAUAAAGAAUAGCUUUUAAGCUUUGGGUCACUUGCUGUACAUAGUAGUGCAAUAACUGGACCGUGGGGGUCAGAGUGAUGGGCCUUGAGGUCAGCACACAGUGAGGAGGGGGUGUGGGGGAGAAGGGGGGGUGGGUGCAUGGAUGUGGAGUGGUGGUGAACUCUUGUGUGACCGCCGCCGUGGAGAACACCCGGACACGAUCCUCCAUGGCUCCCCCCGCCUCACCGGUCCCCUCUGUGGAUAUGGACCCCGUGUCCUUGUGACAAUCUCUGAGGAACACCACCGUGCUCCACACUGCUAGACAGUGUCAUCUUAACAGCUUUGUGUGUGUGUCUUUACCUUUGUUUGUGUGUGUUUGACAGCAGUUUAUCUUCAAAAACAACCCACCUCUCUCUCUCUCUCUCUCUCUCUCUCUCUCUCUCUCUCUCUGGGGUCCCCUCCUUGUUUGCUGUAAACUGUGCUGACUCCAGCUGGCGUGCUUUGAAUGUGUUGAGGCAGUUCCGUCACACGCUACACCAUCCCCACCCCCACCCUCCAAUGGGGACGCAGCUCUUUGCUGACUCAAGUCCUGCAUACAGUAAACAAGAGCGUCUCUGCCUAAAGUACGAAACGCUCAUCACACCUCCUUGAGCAGACAAACAGAAACUCAAAAGUUAUCAAACAUAAAAUGGACCGUCUUAAAUGUUCUGAUGGAUGGAUUCCUCCAGCUGACCAUAAAACAUUAAGGCCACGUGAAAGAUCACUUGGAGCUUUCACCUGAGCUUAGACGCCUUACGAUGCGGUACUGCAGAACAACGUCAGUUUAGACGGAACACUUUAUUUCUGUUAGCAAAAAUUUGAACCAAGUCCGUUCAGUCCGACAGGUCCUUGGUCAAGCAGAGCUCUGAUGGGAUGUAAAGGGAUCCACCAAUUUGAGUGUAAGUGCCAGGAAAACACUAUCGAUGAGCCAAAUUUGUCAUAGAUUGAAAGAAUCAGAGGAAGAGGAGGGUGGAGUUGUAGAAAGGAAGGACGAAAGAAAGAGAAGACAAGGGUAGUGCAGCUAGAUGUGUAAGGCCCACAUCUACCCAGUGCAUCGGCACCAAAGCACCCCCCUCCAGCCGCAGCGCUCCGAUACAUGCCUCCGCUCUGAAUGAGUGCAGUUUAGGGUGUACAGAACAGAGUCUCACGUGAUGAAUGUAUCAAUACUUGGCCUUGCUUUUUGUUAGUUUGUACAAUGACAUUCUAACCACACUCUAUUCUGCCCCGUCACCAUACUCAGGCCAAAGUCAUGUUUACUAUAAGCCCUCCCCCAACCCCCCUCCUGUAUGUCCAUACUGUGUUGUACUCGUACAGAAAGUGUCUUUGAUGUUCUUGUCUUUGAUUCGGGUUUUUUUUUGGGGGGGGGGGGGGUGUAAUUUCGGAUUGCCACUUGCCUCUGCUCUCUCCACUUUGGUGAAUGUCAUUUGGGGGUUCCCAGCGAUGGCGCGUAUUGUCACAUGUCACCUUGCUUUUUCCUCGCCUCUGGCUUAUGGAGGGGCUUGCCACCACCAGUGCUUUUUUGCGAAACAGAUGAACGUGGGUAUAUGUUUUUAAUAAGUAAUAAUAAUAAUGUAUAUGACUGAAAGAACCCAGGCGGUUUUGCUGUUAAUAUAUGGGUAUAGAAACGUGCACUUUGAGGUCUAGUCCAGUAUGUUAGAGAAGCACCAACAUGCCAUGCGGACUCACCACAGGGUCACCAUGCCAGGCCAGGAAGUGUCGAUAUCUAAACACUUAAAGUUAACCAGCCCUGUCGGAGCCUUUGGAGUGUACUGUUGCAGCCAUCUUACCUUGAUCACAGAAACACUGUCAAACCACAGUUGAGACAGACUGCUGAAACAACCAGUCACUGUGUGCACACGUGGGUGGGGGGUGGUGAGAGAGAGUGUGUGUGUGUGGGUGUGUGCACUGGCCGAGUGUCUCUAUUUCUUGAUUUGAGCGGGCUGGCAUUCACAGAAACAUUUGGAGAGCCUGUUGUGUUGUAUUGUGUUCUGUGAGGUGUUUCUCUUGUUGAUCUUCACAUACUGUACCGGUGCAGACGUAAAGGCACAUCAUGGGCUCGGACAAGAACAAGUGCUCAGCUGGUACUAGGUAUCGUGUAAAGUAGGGAAUAGCCUUCACUUCUGUGCAUCCCACAGGGAGCUAGUUAGCUUUAAAAAAUGUAUUUAUAUAGACAUGGAAAUAUGUGAGUAUAUUAUGUAUACCAGCCAUAUUGUUUGGUAACUGUUGAAACAUUGUUUAAGCUACAUGGUGAACUAAGGGUUGCUUCAAGUGUCAUGGCAGUCUAGCAUACUGGUAUUAGGGUCAGUCGGAAGUGUGGGAUUUUACAGCCUUGUUAAUUAUUGAACUACUGAACUCUUGAACUGUACAGAAAAAUAAGAUUGCAUGGAAACUUGUUACUGUAAUUAAUAACCUAUACAGUAUAUGAUAUUUAAUUUUUUUUUAAAGCACUUGCUUAAAUGAAACCCAUUUACCAACAGCGAAAUAAUUGAUUAAAACAGUUUUAUUUUUCUUCAAGCAGAUGACUGACAUCUAAGAAUUUAUUUGUAGAAUAGAGAGAUUGUUCAUCGUUUCUGUUUGGUUUUAUGGUUGCUGGGGGAUUUGUGUUUUUGUUUAGUUUUUUUCUAGGUGGGAAAAAGAAAAUGUGUAAAAUAAACAUAAGAAUAAUGCGAAAUGAUAAUAAUAACAAUAAUAAAAUUAAUUAUAAUAUUUCAGUGACAAGUGAAUUGGUUUGAGAAUGUCUUCAAGAACUUUCCAAACAAUUAUGUCUGGUUUACACAGUGCUAUCCAGUUGUGCAUACUGGGUAAUGAAGUUUUUAAAAAUGUGUGUAUAUUGAAGGGCUUGGUGUGGUUUUGGGCUCUAGGAAACGUGAUCCUUGUCUGAGAUGCCUAAUUUUGAGGAUUGCCUAGCUGUAUAUACUUACUGUGGCCUCUUCUGCAGUUAACAGCGUGUCUAUUGCACCAGGAAGUGAUUUAAUGUUGAUAGAUGCAGGAGUUCCUUGGCUGUUCCCUGGCUUUGUCUUGUAGAACAUGUAAAGCAGGUCGUCUCAGACAGUGUCUGGAGCCUCAAACUCACAACUGAGAAAUUACAGAAUCUCUGUUUUGCCUUGUUAAUUUGAAUUGUGGACACAUCAUUUUAUAUAUAUGAAAGACAUGAAAUAAAGAUUAUUUAUCUUGUUAUUUA